CUUUUCCUUGCAAGUUCUUCCAUAAUAAAGGAAAGUGUUCUCAGGGAGCAGAUUGCAAGUUUUCCCAUGAGCCACUUAAUGAGAUCACGAACCGACUGUUGGAUGAGGUGUUGAAACGGGAAAACGACCUCUAUGAACUUAGAAAGAAAGCCGACCAGGAAUCACAAGGAGAGCCAGCAAACACAGACGGGCCAGAAAUCACAGAAGCAAAUCAGACUCCUGAUAUAGUCAUACAAGCAGUCAGACCCACCUUCUACAACAGUGGAGAACAAAAUGCUGAGCAGGAGGCCUUGUUAUGUCAGACUGAACAACCGUCUGAUAACACGGACACAGCCGACCCACCGCAGGCAUCACACAGCGCCCAACCUCACAGUCCCCCGUCAACUAACCUUAAUCACAAGGAGCCAGUUUGUUAUUCAGUCGAAGCAGUGCUUGGACCUCAGCUGUUCAAACCAUUCCCUAGUUUCUAUACAACUCCUGGAAGUGAAGAAUCUGCGCCUCUUUCUGUUGCACACACUUCUUCUGAUUGCACUGCAGACCAAAGUGAAGCCCCCUACUCUGUCAGUUUUUUUAAAUCGGUAGGAAACUCUACCUUUGGCCAGAUACCUGCCCCUCCUACUGUACAUAACGUAUCCUAUACUUCAAAAACUGACAACAAAGAGCUCACCGAUCCUCUGGUAAGAAGAAAUGAAGCGAAUAAAUCCCAGGAAAAAAUGUUUAACAGUUUGUCAUCUUUUAAAGUGCACACUGAUCGGGAGACUUGCCCUGAUCUUACUCUGGCCUCCGAGGAUCACGACAAACGAGGUGGGGAAAUGCCAGCGUCCCAGAAACCUGCUCAAAGAUCUUCCCAUGAAGUCAAGUCGGCGUUGUUGGAUUCUCCUGCGACAGAGGCAGAGAAGUCCGUGUCCUCCAAAAGAAAAGGAGAUCUGAAAGGAGGCACACAUCUGCCCGUGGACAUUAUUACACACUCAGUGAAGUGUAAAAGUGAACCCACGAAGGGCAAAAGCCUGACAUUUACCCCCAAACAUCCUACACAGCUGAAGCCACAUCUCUCUGGUCUGACAUCUAACUCACAGUCCUUGUUAAAGCUUCUUUGUCCCUCUUCAGGUUUCUCGGAGUUUAAAGGUAGAGCUGCUGCUCCUGCUGAAUCAGUCACCAGCUCCGCUAAGACGAGUGGUUCUGGAAACUGUGUCAGUCAUCGUUUAGCCGCAAGACAACCCACUGAGACCUAUCAGCACUCCAAACAGACACAACCUGGCCUCAAACUUGACACACAACAACAUUAUUUCAGUCAAACCGCAAUAGAGUGCAGCAGUAAAACGGCUCCUUGUGGUGAUUUGUCAGAUGAAUGUAAUAAAACCCAGAAAAGUCAGUAUUAUAGCCUUCACCCCAUCACUGACAGCCUGAAGCCAACGCCAGAUUUUAUAAGUGCUUGUCCUCAAGGCUUUAAUCAAUCUUCCUGUCCUACUCUACAACCUGCACAUUACAGAAGUAAAGAUAAAGACGUUAAAACUGACAAGGCCUCAGCCUUCCACAGUCUUUUUGCUGCCCCUCUCAGUGCUGCUCCUCACCCAUGCACACAGUCUCAACCGGAUCAUUCAAACCAGUCAGCUGAUCAUACAUCGCAUUUAUCAAACUCUAAACAAAAAACUUCAACUUUAGAGACACCUCUCCCACCUCGAGUCAAAACCAACGUCAAACAAACUUCUCGCAGACCGACAUCUCCUAAAUUCUCCUCUCAUCCCCAAAGUAAAAAUGAAGACGAUUUAUCCGGGCCCGUAAAUCAACCUGCUAAACAGCAGGUGAAUCCCGUCCGUAGCCUCGUGUCCAACUCCCUCAGUGAGACGUCCUCCAGUCCGCCUCCUUGUGAUGACAGUGCAGAUCCAUCUACAGCCCAGGUUCAUCAGCAGCUGCCUGACGUCUCAUCCCCCAAAGCCACUGCAAAUUCAGUCCUGAAGACUCUCUUUCUGAGCCUGAGCCCGUACCAACAGGAUGGAGAGCAACAGGACAGUGUUCAGACCAGUGCGUCUUCAGAAAGUGAAAAGAAGCAUAAAGGCAGCACGGUGUGCGUCUUUGUUGAGCAACAGCAGAAGAGUAAAAAAAAGAAAAGACGAAAGAAGCAACUCAAGUCCACUGAGAAAACAGUUGCACACUCAACAGGGCGCCAGCCCUCCUUUCAGACCUCUCUGAUCUCAGCGGAGGCCGCGGUUGGGUCAACCCUCAGCAGUCCGGCCACGACCGAACCUCAGGUGAGAAAGUCUGGCACACACAACCUGCCAUUCAAACCAGCGGUGCAGCUGAUGCAGCGCCACAACCGACAGAGGCUGAAGCACACUUUAGAGGAAGGAAAGCGGGAAAAUGGGAACGUGGCAGUGACACCACUGAAGGACCUUUUUAAGAGUUUAGACACCUCGGUUUUCCACCUCGGACAUUAACGUUGGAAUUACUUGUGUUUUAUCUCACUAACAAUCUUGAUGAAAAACAUUAAAUCCUUUUGCACCAGUGUUUAAACAGUUAAAAUGAAAGUAGUUAUUGUGUCAAUCAAAGCUCGAUGUGCUGAGCUUUAUAACCUGUAUGAGUUUAUAUUUUUAUCAGGAUGUUUUAGUGUGAAAAUCAACUGUUUUCAGUUACUAAGAUAUCAACCCAAUCAUAUCUUUUCCACAAGCUUUGCUUGAAUCAUAUCAGUGAAUCAAAGAAUGGCGAUGAGUGUUGGUACAUACAGAUUGGGUGACAGAUUGAAGCAGAAACCAACAUAAAGCAUCUUGGAGAAAUGAACACCAUUCCUCCCAAAAGAUAUUCCCUCAUGUGGAUGUUUUGAUGAUGGUGGUGGAGAGCGCUGUGCAGUGUGUGGGUCCCAAAUCUCCCAUAGGUGUUCAGUUGGCUUGAGAUCUGGUGACAGUGAAGCACAGUGGAUGGGGGCGUUGUCAUCCUGUUUCAGGUUUUUCCUUGAAUUUGUCAUCCAUCUUUAUAUUGCCAGUUUUUUAUGUACAAUUACUUUUUUUGAAAAUGAACGCAAAAGACCUAAUAAGCUAUCAACUGAGUGUAUUAUGGUUUUCUUUGUAUUUGCCCUUUCUUUGUGGUCAGACAAGGGGCAAACAUAUUUAAAUCUUGUAUUAAAUGUAAAACCUACAAGCUUCUUCAGACUGCAAUUCUACAG